CGGGCGGAGCAUAGCGACCCGCGGGGCUGCGCACCGAGACCCGCCGUCUCGGGGCGGACACGCGCGUCGCGCCUUGCGCAAGCUCUGCUCCCGGUCCCGGGAUAGCAGCCGGGCCCUCGAGUCACCCGCGUCGCCAAAGUUUAUCUCGGCCGCCGAGGAGUCGCGGGGCUGCGCUUCUCCCUGGCGCCCGGCGACACCAGCUUCCUAUCCCGGGACCCCGCGGAGGCAGCGUGCAAAGUCGGUCCCCAACUCGGGAGGUGCCGCCGGCCUGCGCACGCGCGCCGCCCCCUCAGCGUCCUCCCUGUUGUGCUCCCGGGGCUCCUUCGCUCUGCCGAGCCGCUCGGGCCGAGAUCUGCGGCCGCGCGCCCGCGUGCGCCCCCGGCGCUCCCCCGUUCGCCCCCGGCCGCGCCUCUCCAAGUUCACGAGUUGCACAAGUUCGCGGACAGCGCUAGGCCCGCGCGGGCCAUGGAGGAGGAGCGGGGGUCGGCGCCCGCCGCCGUGUCGGCGCUGGAAAAGAACGUGGCGGAACUGACCGUCAUGGACGUGUACGACAUCGCGUCGCUCGUGGGCCACGAGUUCGAGAGAGUCAUCGACCAGCAUGGCUGCGAGGCCAUUGCUCGCCUCAUGCCCAAGGUCGUGAGGGUCCUGGAGAUCCUGGAAGUGCUGGUCAGCCGGCACCAUGUAGCUCCCGAGCUGGACGAACUGCGUCUGGAGCUGGACCGGCUCCGCGUGGAGAGAAUGGACCGCAUCGAGAAGGAACGCAAGCACCAGAAGGAGCUGGAGCUGGUGGAGGAUGUAUGGCGGGGUGAGGCACAAGACCUCCUGUCCCAGAUUGCCCAGCUUCAGGAGGAGAACAAGCAGCUCAUGACCAACCUCAACCACAAGGACGUGGGCUUCUCGGAGGACGGGUUCCAGAAGCAGGAAGGCAUGUCAGAGCGCGAGCGGCAGGUAAUGAAGAGGCUGAAGGAGGUGGUGGACAAGCAGCGAGACGAGAUCCGGGCCAAGGACAGGGAGCUUGGCCUAAAGAACGAAGAUGUCGAGGCUCUGCAGCAGCAGCAGACCCGGCUAAUGAAGAUCAACCAUGACCUUCGGCACCGGGUCACGGUGGUGGAGGCCCAGGGAAAGGCCCUGAUUGAGCAGAAAGUGGAGCUGGAGGCAGAUCUGCAGACCAAGGAGCAGGAGAUGGGCAGCCUGCGAGCUGAACUUGGGAAGCUUCGAGAAAGGCUUCAGGGUGACCACAGCCAGAACGGGGAGGAGGAGGCAGAGACACAGCCUGGUGGAGAGGAAUGCAUCUCAGAAGCUGAGAAGGCAGCCUUGGACCUCAAAGACCCGAACCGCCCGCGCUUCACACUGCAGGAGCUGCGUGACGUGCUGCAUGAGAGGAACGAGCUUAAGUCCAAAGUGUUCUUGCUGCAAGAGGAGCUGGCCUACUACAAGAGUGAAGAAAUGGAAGAGGAAAGUCGAAUACCCCAACCUCCACCCAUCACACACUCAAGAACAUCCCCUCAGCCGGAGUCUGGGAUCAAGCGACUGCUUUUUACAGCCAUCAUGCCCAUGGUGGCAGCUGGAUUGAUCCUUGACGACCCCACGCUGCAGCCUGUGCGACAACUCGUGUCCCUCGUAGGCACUGUCUGUGUUUGGGGUUUUGUUUGAGCUGUACCUUUGGCUGCUGUGGCUGCUGCCAGCCUGUCCCUUCUGGCCACUUCAGUUGCAUGCCUGUCACCCUCAUGUUGGCAUCUGAAGUGGGUGUGGAUUGUGAUUUCAGACAUGCCACUGUUACUCUAGACCUUCACCACUGCAGCCUGGAAUUUCCCACUCUGUCACAGAUAAUUCUUUUUGUCUUUUUUGUUUUCUCUCUAAAAACCACCUUGUCCAUGAUCCAGUAAAGAAGGUCCUUUAAGUGACGGGUCAGUAACCAUACCCCUUGGGAUUCCAGAGUGACACUAACACUGUUUUCAGUCUCUGUGCCUGAAGCUUCCUAAACAGCUUUGUCUUGGCAACUGUUUGAUUUGGUAUUGAAAGGGGAACAGAGGGGGGAGCCAAGAUCUGUGUUCCCACUGCCUGAGGUCCCAAAUGACUUCCUGCUUACCUAAGUCAGGCCAAGGCCAUACAUAACAGAGUGGUUUGGGCCAGCUAACUCCCCAACUGCCUUGUGGAAAGAGCCCUCGCCUAACCCAGUGUGAACCUUCACUCAUUCACCAGCUCACGUAUGCCCUUCUGUGCCAGGGAGAAUUUCCCCAGGUAAACUUGGCUUGAGGAUGAAAGAAUGUUAUGUUCCUGGUAGAAAGGACUAUAUGAGUAACAUCAUCUUCAUGUGGUUAGAACAGAGCUCCUGGGGCUAGGGAGCUGUCCCAGUGGGUAAGGCACUUCCCAUGCAAUGGGAGCAUGUGAGAACAGAGUUCAGAUCUCCAGAACCCUUGUAAAGCUGGAUAUGGCAGCACCUGUCUGUAAUCCCAGCUCUCCUGCUGCAAGACAGAAUGCAGAGAGGUGAUGGCAUGGCAGUGGCAGCAAACAAGAUACAGGAGGCUGGCAAGAUGGCUCAGCAGGUAUAGGUACUUGCCACCAAGUACCUGACAACCUAAGCUAGAUCUCCAGGACCAAUGUGGUAGGAGACAACCGGACUCUUUCAAGUUGUCCUCUGAUUUCCACACAUUUGUUGUGGGACACUUGUGCACUCACACACAUACA